ACAUUUUAUCGUAUUCAUAAAAUAACUUAAACGUUAAAAACGUGAAAUUUAGGAAGAAACCCCUAUAUCUAAGGAACAAAUAAUGACAAAAUGCAAAGUAAUUCUAAGGAGAAACGGAUUCUACAGUUUAGAUUGAGGCAGAUUCAAAAGAGGGCCCUUGAAAAGGGAUUGCAAGUUAGAGUUCUCAAAAGAUUUAAUUAUAUUUGUUUCGUAGAGAAUAAACGAUCGGAAAGCUUAUACUUGACGUUGAUAAUAACAGGAGGCACUAUAAUAUUACUGUUAUUAAUAAGUUUUGGUAUUCAGUAUGCUUUAAGUUGUAGAUGUUUAUUACCCUUGAACUAUUUGGUGUGGGAAGUAGCUCGGCCUCUAGCUGAUUGUAGUUACUGUGCGAACGUAACGAAGCCUAUUAUCCUGUGGAAUGUAACACGACACAGUUUCAAACCCUACGCGUAUUCAUCAAAACCUAUCAUAGUUAAGAAUUCUGUCACUCAUUGGAGUGCAAUAAAAUACUUCAGUUACUAUAUGUUUAAAAGACUCUAUGAGGCGACUUCAGGUAGCUAUGAAAGUUUAGAAGGUUGUCAGUUUUUAAACUUUAAAACAGACCUCUUCUCUCUAAAAGAAGUGUUUAGUAUGAGCAAUGCCAGAGUGAGAAAUGAGCCAGGAGAGAAACCCUGGUAUGUUGGAUGGGGUAAUUGUCACUCAGAAAUUCUACAAAAAGUCAGAAAAUACUACAGCAUACCAGAUUUUUUACCGGAAGAUGCUGAGUACCCAGCAACAGAAAAUAUAUUUUUUGGUUAUGAAAUAGGAGCUGUGAUGCAUUUGGACUACAUCCCAAGGCUCAUGUGGCAAGGUCAAGUGAGGGGUAGAAAGAACUGGAUCAUUGCACCUGUCCCAGAAUGUGAACACGAGUGUCAGAGGAUAGAGUACUAUGUGGAGCCAGGGGAUGUUGUGUUGCUGGACACGAGACUAUGGUAUCAUUCCACGAGCAUCCCAAAAGGUCAAUUCUCAAUAACUGUACAGUCAGAAUACGGAUGAUGUGGGAUAUCUUACAUACUAUAAUUUAAAGUACAA